UUCAGUGACAUUUUUUACGUGCUUAAUCGUUUUCGUGGUAUUCGGGCGGGUAAAAUCCGGUGGUGCGAUCUCGGUGAAAAUAUCCUGCUCUUCGAUUGCGCCUGGUAUGACAAUUGCCGACGGCCUUGAAUUCGAGGAACAUGGCGAGCGUUCAGCCCCCUGCGACCGACACCUCCAUAGACGUACAGCACAUCUACAGACCCAGGAGCACCAGCUGGGGCGCCGCGAACUCGUCGCGAAGGAGACGAACUUCCUCCGUGGUUGCGAUUGCCCAAGGAAGAAACAGACGCAUUAGUUGCAUGCCCAUCAGUGAAGAACCGACUAGUAAACUUCAUCUCAAGGUGAUUCGCGGCAAAAGUCUUAUGAAGAAAGACAUUUUUGGUGCAAGCGAUCCCUAUGUUAAAAUUGACUUAAUCUCAGCUAGUGACAAUAGUAUUAUUGACUCCGUACUUACAAGGACUAAAAAGAAGACGCUUAAUCCUGAAUGGAAUGAAGAUUUUAUAUUUAGAGUGAAGCCCGCCGAUCACAAACUCAUUUUGCAAGUUUUUGAUGAAAAUCGGCUGACACGUGACGAUUUCCUCGGUAUGGUCGAAUUGUCUUUGACCAAUCUUCCAAAAGAGCAAGAGGGUCGAGUAAUUCCGUCUGUGAAAUACCUGCUCCGUCCCAGAAGCGAUUUCAGCGCCAGGUCGAGAGUGCGCGGCCACCUCGAGCUCUAUCACGCUUAUCUGUACGAUCCAGGGGCGGCGCCGAUCGCGGCCCCCGAGGAAGCGCCCCUAAACCCCAAUGAGUGGGAGAUUGUCGGCGAAGGCAGGGAGGAGACCUCCGCACAGCCUGUGCUGGUGAACGCGACGACGGAGGCUCAAACUCCGCUGCCUCCCGGUUGGGAAGAGAGGCAAGAUGCAAAUGGCAGGACAUACUAUGUCAACCACAUAGCCAGGACAACGCAAUGGGAAAGGCCGACGCUGGCAAGCGGCAGUCCAGAAAGCGAGGCCGUCACUCGCGGCGAGGACAGGGAAGUGUUCGAAAGGAGGUACCACAUAAGCGUCGAAGAGCAGAACAGCGAGAGAGGCGACAACUCUAACAAUCAGCCGGGCGAGCGGGCAGGGGAAGCGGGAACCGACAAUGCGCUCGAACGCGCCGCCACCGGGGCGUCGCUAUCGGCACCGCCUCCGUCGGUCCACAGAAUAUCGACGGACUCGUGCGUUAGCGACUUCGAAACGAACCGACAAAGCACCACCGAUUCGGACUACGAUGGGUCUGCCGAGAGCCAAGCGAGCAGUAGGCGGAGCUCGAUCGUAGAUGGCGCCAUCCGCGAGCGUGUCGACACGAGUUUCGACAACGUGGACAGCAAUGAGUCAUCGCGACGUGAUUCGACUGCGUCGACGAACAACGCGAGUGAUGGCGCAUCGCAGAACGACCUCAGCGUCAUCGGGGAGGACCUGCCACCCGGCUGGAGCGUGCAAAAGGCGCCUAACGGCAGGUUGUUUUUCAUCGACCACCACGAACGGACGACGUCGUGGGUGGACCCGCGAACCGGGCGAGCCAGUCCGAUGCCGAAUCAGCCGGCGGCCCCGCCUACGAACAGGAAGCCCGAUGACGACCUUGGACCGCUGCCUGAGGGGUGGGAGGAGCGAGUCCAUAUCGACGGUCGCAUCUUUUUCAUAGACCACAACACAAGGACAACGCAGUGGGACGACCCUCGGCUGUCCAACCCGCAGAUAGCGGGUCCCGCGAUACCCUACUCGAGGGACUAUAAGAGGAAGUAUGAGUACAUGAAGACUCAGCUGAAGAAACCGACCAACGUGCCGAAUAAGUUCGAGAUCAAAGUCAGGAGGCGGAGCAUACUCGAGGACUCGUUCCGGGUGAUCACGACGGUGCUCAGGGUCGAUUUGCUAAAGACGAAGCUGUGGGUGGAGUUUGAGGGCGAGGUGGGGUUGGAUUACGGUGGGCUGGCCCGCGAAUGGUUCUAUCUGCUGUCGAAAGAGAUGUUCAAUCCGUAUUACGGAUUGUUCGAGUAUUCGGCAAUGGACAAUUACACUUUACAAAUCAACCCAACGUCGGGACUGUGCAACGAGGACCACCUUGCGUACUUUAAGUUCAUCGGCAGGGUGGCCGGUAUGGCGGUGUAUCACGGCAAACUUUUGGACGCGUUCUUCAUCAGGCCGUUUUACAAGAUGAUGCUGUCGAAACCCAUCGACUUGAAAGACAUGGAAUCGGUCGAUUCCGAAUACUACAAGUCGCUGCUGUGGAUCAAAGAAAACGACCCGUCCGGUUUGGACCUGACGUUCUCCGUCGACGAGGAAAAAUUCGGUGAAACGUCGGUCCACGAGCUGAUCGAUGGUGGCGCCAACGUGCCCCUAGACGACUCUAAUAAGGACCAGUACAUCAAGUGCAUAAUACAGUGGCGGUUCGUCGAGAGGGUGCAGGAACAGAUGAACGCGUUCCUGGAGGGUUUCAGCGACUUGAUUCCCCUCAACAUAAUCAAGAUAUUCGACGAGAACGAGCUCGAGCUGCUGAUGUGCGGCAUCCAGCAUAUCGACGUGAAAGACUGGAAACAGAAUAGUCUGUACAAGGGCGAUUACCACGCAAACCAUAUCGUCGUUCAGUAUUUUUGGAGAGUCGUUUUGUCAUUUAACAACGAGAUGAGGGCACGACUGUUGCAAUUCGUCACUGGUACGUCGCGGGUACCGAUGAACGGUUUCAAAGAGCUAUACGGCAGCAAUGGGCCGCAGUUGUUCACGAUCGAGAAGUGGGGCACGACUGACAACUACCCGCGCGCGCACACGUGUUUCAAUCGAUUGGAUCUACCUCCGUACGACAGCUACCAGCAACUGAAGGAGAAACUAAUAAAGGCCAUAGAGGGCUCGCAAGGUUUCGCGGGGGUCGACUAGUGAUACUUGUAAAAAAAAACUCGUGAAGCGUAUGUAUAUGAGAUUAUAAUAAUUUAAACUGUUCUGUCCAUUAAUAUCUAAGGUUUUAAAAAAUAUUUUUCAAAUUUUCUUAAUCUAUUCUGCAUUGGAGCGUUUGGUGAAUGAUAGUGUUGAUAACGUGUAGGACUGCUCUGACUGAGCAGACGAGAAACGGGGCCAAUAUUUUUUGACGAAUAGCGAACGCUCCUCAUUCCACCAUAAUAUAUAUAUACAUUAUAUUUUUUAAAGUUAUUAUUAUGUAUACUUUGUAUAAAAUACACGUGGUUAAAAUGAAGGUGUAGAAUGUGAUAAUGUAAACAUAAGCUUUUUUAAUGAUACAAACUUGUUAUAAAUUGUAUAAUUUUUUUUUUAAUAUAUACGAUUUUUUUUUAACUUGUCCUAUAAGGCAGUGUCCUUAAACGUGGGUGCAAUAUUUUUGUCGUUCUUUAAUUUUUCAUUGGAGAUUUGUUUAACGAGUUCACCGAUAAAAAGACAAAACGAAGGAGAGAUUAGAGAAUUUGUUAACGAUAAGAGAGGUUUAACAGCCACACACCGUUUUUGAUGUAUUAUUUAUUCCCUCUGUAGGUUUAAUUUCUAUUUAUCUGUUUUUUUUUUGUAUAAAUACCGUAAAAAAUAAAUAACCAGGAGGCAAUAAAAC